CUGAGGUGUGCGGGGCAUCGAGGCCCCCGUCCCGGUGAGGCGCGGCGCGGCGCGGCGGGAUGCGGCGGCGGCCGUGGCGGGGACGCGGGCCGGGCGGGCGGACGCGGUGAUGAGCGUCAGCGGCCACCGCCAUGUCCAAGGUAACGGCGCCCGGGCCGCCGGCGGCGGCAGCGGGCGGGAAGGAGAAGCGCUCCUUCAGCAAGCGGCUGUUCCGGAGCGGCCGCGCGGGCGGCGGCGGCGGCGCUGGGGGCCCCGGGCCGGCCGCGCCCUCCUCGCCCUCGUCGGCGCGCUCGGUGGGUAGCUUCAUGAGCCGCGUCCUCAAGACGCUGUCCACGCUCUCGCACCUUAGCUCCGAGGGCGCCGCCCCGGACCGCGGCGGCCUCCGCAGCUGCUUCCCGCCCGGGCCCACGGCCGCGCCCACGCCGCCGCCGUGCCCGCCGCCGCCCGCCUCGCCCGCGCCGCCCGCCUGCGCCGCGGAGCCGGUGCCCGGGGUGGCGGGGCUCCGGAACCACGGCAACACGUGCUUCAUGAACGCCACGCUUCAGUGCCUCAGCAACACCGAGCUCUUCGCCGAGUACCUGGCGCUCGGCCAGUACCGGGCGGGGCGGCCCGAGCCCUCGCCUGACCCCGAGCAGCCCGCGGGGCGCGGCGCGCAGGGCCAGGGUGAGGUCACCGAGCAGCUGGCGCACCUGGUGCGGGCCCUCUGGACCCUGGAGUACACCCCGCAGCACAGCCGCGACUUCAAGAGUAUUGUGUCAAAGAAUGCACUGCAAUAUCGGGGGAAUUCCCAGCAUGAUGCCCAGGAGUUUCUGCUGUGGCUUUUGGACCGAGUUCAUGAAGACCUCAAUCAUGCUGUGAAGCAGAGCGGCCAGCCUCCUCUGAAGCCACCAUCAGAGACUGAUAUGAUGCCCGAGGGACCAUCUUUUCCUGUCUGUAGCACUUUCGUACAAGAACUUUUUCAAGCCCAGUACAGAUCUUCUUUGACAUGUCCUCAUUGCCAGAAGCAGAGCAACACUUUUGAUCCUUUCCUCUGCAUUUCUUUGCCAAUUCCACUACCCCACACAAGGCCUCUGUAUGUCACUGUAGUGUAUCAAGGGAAAUGUUCUCACUGCAUGCGGAUUGGUGUGGCCGUGCCUCUGUCUGGGACUGUCGCCAGACUUCGGGAAGCAGUGUCUAUGGAAACAAAGAUCCCCACUGAUCAGAUUGUGUUAACAGAAAUGUACUAUGAUGGGUUCCAUCGUUCCUUUUGUGACACAGACGACCUGGAAACAGUCCAUGAAAGCGACUGCAUUUUUGCCUUCGAGACUCCAGAAAUAUUUAGGCCUGGAGGAAUUCUCAGUCAAAGAGGAAUCCACUUAAACAACAACCUAAACCACUUGAAAUUUGGCUUGGAUCAUUAUAGACUGUCUUCUUCUACACAAGCAGCAGCAAAGCAGGGGAGAGCGGACUUAACCCCCACGACAGCAGGAAGCGACAAGAUUGUUCUGUUAGUGUGUAACCGAGCCUGCACUGGGCAGCAAGGGAAAAGAUUUGGACUACCUUUUGUGCUGCACUUAGAGAAGACAAUAGCAUGGGACCUUCUGCAGAGGGAAAUCUUGGAGAAGAUGAAGUAUUUCUUGAGGCCCACAGUUGGCAUUCAGGUGUGUCCAUUCAGUUUGCGAGUGGUCAGUGUCGUGGGAAUAACAUACUUGCUGCCCCAGGAGGAGCAGCCCCUGUGCCACCCAACAGUAGAAAGGGCACUAAAAUCUUGUGGACCAGGUGGCACUGCUCAUGUGAAAUUAGUGGUAGAAUGGGACAAGGAGACAAAAGAUUUCUUGUUUGUAAAUACCGAAGAUGAGUAUAUCCCUGAUGCAGAAAGUGUCCGGCUGCAAAGGGAGCGUCACCAUCAGCCUCAAACUUGCACUUUAUCCCAGUGUUUCCAACUCUACACCAAAGAGGAGCGGCUUGCCCCAGAUGACGCCUGGCGUUGCCCGCACUGUAAGCAGCUGCAGCAGGGGAGCAUUACCUUAAGCCUCUGGACUCUGCCUGAUGUGCUCAUUAUACAUCUAAAGAGAUUUCGACAGGAAGGAGACAAGCGUAUGAAACUUCAGAACAUGGUGAAGUUCCCUCUGACUGGCCUGGACAUGACACCUCACGUGGUUAAGAGAAGCCAGAGCAGCUGGAGUUUGCCAUCCCAUUGGUCUCCAUGGAGACGGCCCUACGGACUCGGGCGGGACCCUGAGGACUACAUCUAUGACCUGUAUGCUGUGUGCAAUCAUCACGGCACCAUGCAAGGGGGGCACUACACAGCAUACUGCAAGAACUCCGUGGACGGCCUCUGGUACUGCUUCGACGACAGUGACGUGCAGCAGCUGUCGGAAGACGAGGUCUGCACGCAGACGGCGUACAUCCUCUUCUACCAGAGGCGGACAGCUAUACCGUCAUGGUCGGCCAACAGCUCGGUGGCAGGCUCCACAAGUUCCUCCUUGUGUGAACACUGGGUGAGCCGUCUCCCGGGGAGCAAGCAGGCCAGCGUGACCUCUGCAGCUUCCUCCAGACGCACCUCCCUAGCCUCGCUGUCUGAGUCUGUGGAGAUGACUGGGGAAAGGAGUGAAGAUGAUGGAGGUUUCUCAACUCGACCGUUCGUGAGAAGCGUCCAGCGCCAGAGCUUGUCAUCCAGAUCUUCUGUCACCAGCCCCUUGGCCGUCAAUGAAAAUUGCAUCAGACCUUCCUGGUCCCUGUCUGCUAAGCUGCAGAUGCGUUCCAGUUCCCCUUCCCGCUUCUCAGGGGACUCUCCGAUUCACACCUCCGCCUCCACCUUGGAGAAGAUCGGGGAAGCAGUGGACGACAAGGUUUCCAUCUCUUGCUUUGGUAGCUUGAGGAACCUGUCCAGCAGUUACCAGGACUCAAGCGACAGUCACAGUCGACGGGAGCACAAGGCUGUGGGUCGGGCCCCUCUGGCUGUCAUGGAAGGUGUGUUCAAAGACGAGUCAGACACCCGCAAGUUGAACUCCAGUGUUGUAGACACACAGAGCAAAAGCUCAGUACAAGGGGAUCCAUUGCCCCCCAUAUCGGGUCCAUUUGAUAACAAUAACCAGAUUGCUUAUGUGGAUCAGAGCGAUUCUGUAGACAGCUCUCCAGUCAAAGAGGUGAAACCUCCAAGCCAGCCAGACUCCCUCGCAAAGAAAUCGGAGAGCACAGCCAGCAGAUCCCCCGGCUCCAGAGGCGCUCCUGAGCCAAACAGAAGCUUGCGGAAGGGGAGACCAGUCUUGGCCAGCCAGGAAUCAUCUCUUUCCAGUACGUCCCCUUCUUCUCCAGUUCCUGUAAAAGUGUCUGUAAAGCCCUCCCGCUCCCGAAGCAAAGCCGAUUCUUCUUCCAGGGCCAGUGGACGGCAUUCCUCCCCUGCCCGCCAAAAGGAGUCCUCCCCCAAGUCCCAGGACUCCGUGUCAUCUCCUUCGCUCCAGAAGCAGAAGUCAGCUCCUUCCCUCGCUGACAGUGCUUCCUCCUCAUCCGCCAAAAAAGCCUCAGGCCCUGCCCCGAGGGGCCCCUUCCCUCCUGGGAAGAGCAGGACUUCAGACAGGAGCUUAAGCAGAGAGGGCUCCAGGCAGAGCCUGGUUUCCGACAGAGCCAGCGUCACCUCCAGCCCCAAACCCAGUUCGCCUCGCGUGAGCCAGGCCAGAGCCGGGGACGGCAGGGGGGACGGAAAGCACGUCCGCAGCUCCUCCAUGGCCAGCCUGCGCUCCCCCAGCAUGAACAUGAAGGCCGGUCUGAAGAGGGACAGCAAGUCGGAGGACAAGGGGCUGUCCUUCUUCAAGUCAGCCUUGAGACAGAAGGAAACCCGGCGGUCGACGGAUCUUGGCAAGACAACCUUGUUGUCCAAGAAGGUGGGUGGGAGCUCAGUCAAGUCCGUCUCUAAGAGUGCAGUGGAUGACAAGGCAGAGAAAGGCUCCCAGGCGCUGGGCUCCCAGCAGCCAAAUGUGAAUGCAGUUGGAAAAGAGCAGCUUGCCUCCAAGGACCCUGCUUCUGCUAAACAUUCCCUGCUGUCCGCUCGCAAAUCCAAGUCUUCCCAGCCAGAUUCUGGAGUGCCCUCGUCUCCUGGUUGCAGGCAGUCUGCUGAGAAAUCCUCAAAAAAGUUACCUUCUAGCAUGCAAACCAAUGCACGGCCUUCUCAAAAACCUCAGUGAUAUUUCUGCAAUCCAAGUGUUUUAUCUGUAAAGAUGUUAAUUUAUUUAGAACCCCUUCCCUCCCACCAAAGCCCUCUAUGCUUUUGUUUUGUAUUUUUUGGGUCACGUGCCUGACGUACGUGUGUGUGUGUGUGUGUGUGUGUGUGUGUGUGUGUGUGUGUGUGUGUGUAGAAUUCAAUUGCAAAUUGUUAAAAGCAUCGCCUUAUUCUGCCAUUGAACCAAAUAACAGCCAUAGGCAAAGCAUUGAUACCCAGUUAACUGGAAUAAUUGCAGACGAUACCCUGGACGGUCCCUUUAGCAACUGUACAUAUUUCUUUCUAGAGAACUCUAAUGACUUUCGUUGGACACUAGGGAAUUGAAACCUGUGACCCAGUUAAGCUGUCGUUAGCGUGCUCUGUAGAAGGAUGAAUUAUUUGACUUGGGUCUCAUCUGAGCGGAAUUUGUCCUCACUGCGUGCGGAUUGUCGUGUGGCACCGGAAGCUCUAAAAACUGUGACACUAACAGUGAAACAAACCGAGGGAAGACUGUCGCUUUCUGCACUUUGGCCCCAUCUACCAGUCUUUGUAAAGGGCAAUAUUUUAACACAUUUAAUGUUUCUCAGGUAUAUACUCAGCUAGUCUAGGAUGGGUGCGUACAUCAGUGAAAGGAUCGAAGAAGAAGGUGGCCUGUGGGUGGCUGUCAUUUCUCCUACUGCCACAGAUAGAAGUUUUUAGAGGUAGAAAUGAAGUCCUUCACCACCUUCAUAUCUGCAAAGAUGUCUGUACCAUAAGCUGUCUUGACCCUUGGGGUAUGUCCUAAGAGGUGGCAAACUGGAUAGCUGGAAAGCCAGUCACUAGUCGUUAAAUUCUUUUUUUCCUUGUCAAUUUGCGAGCUAAGGUCAUUGGGAUUUUGAAGUGUAGUAGAGCAGUUAAUACCUUUGAAAGAGUCCUGGAGAAAAAAAAUGGUUUCUAAACUGGAUGCAUAAAUCUGCCAUUUUCCUUCUCUGGUGUUGCUUUUUUCCACGUUAGAAGUUGAAAGCUCCACGCUGCACCGUGUGUGCAUGCCUUUGUUUCCUCAUCUUGUAAUUUGGAGAGGAAAGAAGUUGCCUAAUGCCAGCAGUUAGUGAUGGUAUGUUAGAACGAUGUGUGACAAAGUGUUAUAUGCACACUUCUGGUCCUGCCUGUCAGUCUUAGUUGUGACUGUUUUUCAGGAACUCAUUUAUUUCUUCUUUGUGCUGAAGAUUUAAUCUCUUACCCAGAAACUCACAAGCAGGAUGGAGCAUGUUCCAUCUGGCAUUGUCAGUGCAAGUUGCAUUUCUUGUUUAGCAAAAAAAGGGAACCUCACAGAAAUCCAAAGAUAAGCAAAAUUAUAUAUAUAUAUAUAUAUAUAUAUAUAUAUAAAAUUUCAGGCUUUUAGGAGGUAUUCUGGAAUUUUGUGCUUUUUUUUUCUUUUUCACUUUUUUUAAAUGUCAAGAGAGUCAUAGUUCCAAUUCUCUUUGAAUAGCAUUUGUCACUUUGCCAUGAAAUACAGCAUGCUAAGUUUAUAUGCUUUUACAUAUUAACUUUUUUUUAAGUCAUGGACUCUUCAGGUUCUUCCUGAACUCUGUGCACAGAUCCAUUUAUAAUCUCCCUUUUCAGUAUUGCUCUGUGUGAAGUGACUAUAACACAUAUUACAUGCAUAGCUAUGAAUUCUGCACUGCCCUGUCUUUUUUUUUCUUUCUUUUCUAUGAAUACCUCUUGGGAAAUGUUUCCAGUAAGUUACUUAACUUUAUUUUGCUGCUAAUUUGAGCAUUAGCAGGUAACUUGCAGGUCUGGAGGCCAUUUAUGUUGAGGGUCGCUGGAAUUUUAGACCCUUGCAGUGUUUUAAGACCUACACGUUCAGCCUUGUGAGAGUUACACUAGUGCUCCAUGAAAUUCACUUACUGUGAGCCUGUCGCCCAUUGCACUCGAUCCUGACUCACCACUUUGCUUGGUGUCCUCGUUUCACCGUACAGACGUCUGGUUUCCCAAAGCAGCCUUACUCUCCCCUGCUGGGCUGUGACUGCCUUUGAUCUUGUUGUUGGCGUCCAACGGCACAUUGACAGCCUGAUCCGUGUAUAGCCACUUCGAGUUUUCCUGUAUCACUUUUAUUUCCUAAAAAGAUGCACCAAAUGUGGGGUUGUCAAUAUCCGGAAUUGAGUGUUUGACUCUCUCAUCUUUCUUUAAUAGGUAAAUCUCGUUUGAAAUCUCCUAUCUGAAGCUCUGAAACAGUCUUAGAAUCAUAGUUUGACUACACUAACACUUUUUUGGGGGCUGUAAACAGUUAAGCAUUAAUUAGAAUCUAGUUUAAUUUUCACAGUGGUAAGUAUUUUUACUCUUUGAGUCCUCCAGGAAUGGAUUUUCUGUUAUGUCUAGUGUCUUUAAGAGAAAAAACACAACAACUCUACGAACUCCAUUAAAUUUCCAUGGGAUCUAGAAAUAAAUUUUCCGUAUCUAUAAACUUAUGUCUGUGGAGUUUAGUUCUUGUUUCAGAUUUAAAUGGAAAAAAAUCAGGAAGUAUUAUGACACUGUUUAGGCAUCUUUAGGCUAUUAUAUUUCUGUGCUUGGUAAACAAUGAAAACUUUAUUCUUAAUUAUUAGGUUGCAACCUUUAAGCCACAGAAAAGGAUAUUUUGCCCCAAAGUUUGGAGGUGCUCUUUGUGGUGUGAAGUACCCUAUGGGAAAAUUAUGACUUGGUUCAGUUCAGUUCUUUGGUAGAGUUAGUGACUUGGUGUUUUGUUUUUUCUUUUCCCAGUGAUGUUUGGUACAAUGAGCUUGUAUGUGUUUUGGGGUUAAAAAUCACCUGCUGAGGAUGGUAGACCUGGGUUCCUUGUUGACAACCAGGUGGGCCUGAUUAGUCAUUUCCUGGUAGGCACAAAAUAAUCACUAACAGUAGCGUUGCAUCUGUAAUGUUUGUUUGCUUUUAAAAAACUUUAUUCUUGAUUUCUUUUCCCAUAAACAUCGAGUGCGCUGAGUCUGUAUCAUUCCGUAGGACAGCCCUACACCUUGCCUUUGUAAUCCCUUAUAUAAUGUGGAAGCACAAAGAAACUGUUAAGCUCAUAUCAUCUCAAGACCGUCUCCCACCUUUUUUGUGUUUUCUUAUCCUAAAAGCAGCCUAACUGAAAGUAAGUAAUGCUCCUCUGGACCAAUAGAAAUAUGGGAGUAUUUGUGACAUGGUAAAAUGUUGUUAAUGUCUGUGAGGCUGCUCUGACCUCUUCUGUAAUCAUUCUUUCGUCAUUCAUUCGUUCAUUUAUUCGUUCUGCAAACAUUCGUUGAGGGCCUGCUUUGCUUGUAAAGGCAAGCUGAGAGCUUCGAGAGUUUGCUGUAGCUGAGGAGCCCUGGGAGCACAGCUGAUGAACCAGGGGAUGCCAGUGAUGUCCUAGAUGGAGCGACAGUCCUCCCGACAGAAAGAUCAAGUGGAUCCUGGUGGUCAGCUGAGCCUGUGGGCCUCGUGAGCAAGUCUGUUCUGUUCUGGAAACCAAAAGUGGCCUUCUUCAUCUUUGGAGACAUUUUAUUGUCACGUCCUCUUUUUCAGACUGUGCUGUCUCUACUACUUAGGGAUGUGGAAACCCAUGACAGAGUCAGUUUUCAUUAGAAUUCGGUCGUCCGCAUUUGUAUGAGAUGGAUGUGGGGAUUUUGGGGGGUGGGUGGGGAGAGAAAUUGUCAUCCCUCUAAAGUACCUGUCCUGAAAAAACAGGAGCAGAACGUGAAGGAAACAGGUGGCAGCCUUUAGGAAAAAAGGAACAGAGAAGAGCUGUGAACAAAGCUCAUUUUUUUCAAAUAAACAUGCUUUAAAAAGUAGAUUGACAUCCGACGUUAAAUUUCAUUCUGACAAAUUACCGAACAGCUGAAGAUACUGUUUCCUGUGUAGGUUAUAAUAAUUAUUGGAUGCAAAGAUAAUUAGUGUCUCCGGGUUGGAUUUUUGAGAUAGUAUGCAAACCAUAAGCACAGUUUCAAUAAAACGUAUUCUGUGAGGUGUGUUGAACUUUGUAUUAUUUGGAAUUGAGAAGAGCAAAACUUGCUGACAAACCAGUGCCUAUAUCAUAAACAUAAACAUAAACACAGAAAAUAGCUGUUACUGUACAGGCUGUCUGUCUGCAAUUUCACAAAGGGUAUGUUGUUGCUAAACCUGACUACAUAUUUUGGGGGGGAAUCCCAUGCUUUUAUUUAAAUGAACACUCAGUCUCAUACUGCCUUUUGAUCAACUCCCAAAGUGUUUUUUGCAGCUGCAUUUUAAGCAUGACCAAUCAUUUUUCCCCCAAAUAAUGAAAAUAAUUUUGCAUGGCCUCCAUCUAACCCAGAAAGCAUGCUCUUACUGCCUAUGCAAGCAACUAAUAAAAAAAUACAGACUAUUUAACACUCAACAUAAGUUUAAAAAAAAAAAACCCACACAACACAAUUCUUAGAUUAUGGAGCUCUAUUUUUGAAUUUGUAAUUUUUAAAAUGUGGCUUAAUCAGUGUCAAAGAACAUGAAUGUGAUAUCUUGCUUUGCACGUGUUUCUCUUUGCCGGUUUUUCUUUUUUUUUUUUUUUUUUGAUCAUUGGCAAAAUUGUAUGUAAAAUAAGUAUUGUGCAAGCAGGAGUGGAAAUGGGUAUGUUGAACACUCAUUGGUUUAUAUACCGUAUUUAGUCUGAAGACUUUCCUGAAGUAUUUUGUUCUAAAAAUAACCUGCCAUUUUCUAUAGAUCUUAAUUUUUUAUAUCUUUUAGGGUUCCAUUGUGGUCACAAGGGAAGAAUGUGGCUUCUAAAACUGCCAACAAUUUUAAAACACUUUUGUAGAGACUUGAGCUGUUCUGGAAAGCUUUGGAGCUUCCCAGCUCCUGGUCACAGUGAGACUAAGCUGUGGAGUUUACAGUAGCAUUGACAGUGGGGUAGGUUCUAGAGCCAUCUCACAUUCGUCUAAGACCCGUGUUUCCCAGUUUGGGGGAGAAGGGAGAUCCAUAGCAGACUGGGGAGGCUUUUUCAAAUCUCCCACGUGUGCUCUCCCCAGGAUUCUGUCAAGCCUCUUCUGAAUGACUCGUCUGAGAUUCUGAUAGCCAGUGUUCACUAGACUCUUCUAGGGAACUUUUAAAAAUGCCUGGGUCCCACUCCCAAGCUUUUGAUAUACUUAGUGUAGGGGCAGGUCCCAGGAAUUACCAUAUUUAUAUUGAAAGCUCCGAGAUAUUUCUAAUUUGCAGUCAGAAUUGAGAACCACUGUGAUACGCCCUUCCUUUGCUGAGAACUAUGGCGAGAAUCACUGCCGUAUGAAGUACUCAGGAGUGACUCAGACUUCUCUGUUGCUUUGGAGAGAAAAGAAAAAAAAAGAGAUUGAGAGCUACUGAUCAACCUCCUGUUUGAAAUCAGGGGGGCCUUUCUGAUGUGAGGAGCUUGGAGCUUUGUGUGUGCCUCAGCACUGGCCGUCUGGUGGGAACCGGUGGUCCUUAGUUUGCUGAAGCAGGCAGAGUGCCCCAUGGGUUUGCCUCCUUCCCAGAGCCCUUCCCCCGGAUGCCACAGCAGGGCCAGACCCUUGGGGGAGCAGGGCGGUCACUCUGAGUUAGAAAAUGCUGAAGUAAAGCCUUCAAUGGCUUUGAAAAACCUGUCCCUGAUUUUGAUAGACCGAUUGUCACCUUGUAGUAAUUAUAGUAGCAAACCCUAGGCUGCUGCCCAAUUUCCUAUUUAGCUCACUCUCUACUAUCCAGAAUGUAGUUUCAGGAAUUUUUUUUUUUUAGUUUAAAAAUGAAUGUGAAGCAUUUUAUUUGGGGUCUUUUUUCAAGUAACCCUCGGUAUUUUUUCAUGUAAUUAAAAAAAUCAAAUAAUAUUCAUCCCAAAAUUUGGCAGUACAUGUUACCUGUGGAGGCAAAUGAAAUUUAAUUUUAAUCUGUGGUGAGCUGAAUGCACUACAACAUCUUCAAAAUAAGCUGCUGUGCUUCUCAGGUGGUUCCUUCCUGUUGAGCAUGUUGCUGCCUACAAAAAAAAGAAUUUACCUGGUGUUUUCAACAUUUCAAGGAAUAAUAUAUAAAUAAAAAUCUAGUUGGAAAUGCUCCUUUAGAAGGGCCGCCUGGAGCAGUGAUACCUGUUGUAAUGGUGAAAACGCAAUAUGAAAUUUCCUAGGUGCUAUUCUAAACGGUGAGGUGUUAUUAUACCAAAUGGGGAAGGCAGUGUUUCUGAAGCUGAAGUUCUCUUUGUAGGCCUUUUAAAUAUGCAUUUAUGUUCCCUAUAGUUUUGCUCACCAACUGUGCCUCUCACCACUGGUUAAAAUUGAAUUCAAGCCCCAUUACAAAAAUAGUUUCUUGAUUGAACUCUUAAGUUUUUACACUGGAAUUUCUAUAGUUGUCUUAAAAGCUGCAUGUCAUAUCACUGUAUACAAAAUGCUUUGGUGGUGUUCAUGCACCAUUCAUAGUGAUUUGUGUAUAAUUUUCUUUAGUUGUACAGUAAUAUGGAAGGCAAGAUGUCUUUCCUUGAGGCUGGAAACGAAGUGUAUCAUACAUUUUAAAUUAUUUUAGAACAAGUGCAUGGAUGUGUCACUGACUUCUGUUAUUUAUUUGUAUGUUUUAUUAUUCAAAGUGUAUGCACUUUUAAGAAGCAGAAUUUAUAUUUUUAUGUUUAAAACGUUUUAUUUCUGGAACAGCAGUUGAUUAUAUAGUAUACAGUUGGAAUUAAGAGAAAAGUGGAAAAUGUAACAAAAUAUAAUAAAUUUAUUACAUGAUGCCCUCUUCAAGCCAUAUUCCUCUUUCUGCCCCUUGCCAACCUCUGUAUUUUUGGUGUUGAUUAACCUUGGAAAUUAAGCAGAUACUUGUACUACACUGAUGAAUACAAAA